AUGGCCUAUGACCGCUUUGUUGCCAUCUGCAGACCCCUGCACUACGGGACCAUCAUGGGCAGCAGAGCUUGUGUCAAAAUGGCAGCAGCUGCCUGGGCCAGUGGUUUUCUCCAUGCUCUCCUGCACACUGCUAACACAUUUUCAAUACCACUCUGCCAAGGCAACACAGUGGAGCAGUUCUUCUGUGAAAUUCCCCAGAUCCUCAAGCUCUCCUGCUCAGAUUCCUACCUCAGGGAAGUGGGGCUUCUUGUGAUUACUGCCUGUUUAGGCUUUGGGUGUUUCGUUUUCAUUGUGCUGUCCUACGUGCAGAUCUUCACUGCUGUGCUGAGGAUCCCCUCUGAGCAGGGCCGGCACAAAGCCUUUUCCAUGUGCCUCCCGCACCUGGCCGUGGUCUCCCUGUUUAUCAGUACCUCAUUUUUUGCCUACCUGAAGCCCCCCUCCAUCUCUUCCACAGCUGUGGAUCUGGUGGUGGCUGUUCUGUACUCGGUGGUGCCUCCGGCAGUGAACCCCCUCAUCUACAGCAUGAGGAACAAGGAGCUCAAGGAUGCCCUGAAGAAACUGAUUCAAUGGGUACAACGUCAGCACCAAUAA